AUGUCGCCUGCCGGUAUUCUCUUGAUGGAGGACACCCUCAACAAGAUGAUCUACAAAGAUGGUUCAAGAAGCCUGCGGCGUGACAAGGAGCGUGGUUUGCUCCCGCGGGGCUCACACUCGUGCUUUGGUGACUUCCCUCCAGACCUGCUUCCGGAAAGGCCACUCAGACGGUGCCAAAGUGCUCCGCGGGUGCGACCACCGCCGGGUAUGGCGACAACGCAGGCUCCAUUGCAAAGACCAGACGCGACCGCCAGACCGAAGUCCGCCGGAGCCCUGGGAGUGACCGGAACUCGAGCAAAGCUGCAACAGCUAUCUGCAACUCGGACUAUGCGAAGGCCAGCUUCCGCUACAAUCUUGCGGCCUGUGGAUCACGGACCUCCGCGUGCAGGGGCUACCAGGCGGAAGCCAAUCAAGCCGUCAAUGUUGCGAGUCUUCUAUGAGAGAGGUGACCUGCCCGUUCAGAUAUACCACGGCUCUAUGGGCCGCCUGCUGUGGAAGGUGGAUGUUGAAAAACUCGACUAUCACCACUACCUGCCAAUCUUCUUCGACGGGCUGCGCGAAAAAGAGGAUCCGUUCAGGUUUAUGGCUGUGACUGGAGCUUACGACAUGCUGGAGAAGGGAGGCGACCGCAUCCUUCCAGUAGUGCCUCAGCUGGUCAUCCCGCUGAAGAGCGCUCUAAACACACGUGAUCCUCAGAUCAUGUGCACCACCAUGAAGUUGAUGCAGAAGCUGGUUCUGAGUGGAGAGAUGAUCGGAGAGGCCUUGGUGCCGUACUACAGGCAGCUCUUGCCGGUCUUCUGUCUCUUCAAAGGCAAGAAUAUUCCAACGAAGGACAUGGGAGACUACAUGGAUUACGGCCAGCGAAAGAACUUGAACUUGGGCGAUCUGAUUUCGGAGACUCUCCAGAUCUUGGAAGAGCACGGAGGCGAAGACGCCUUCAUCAACAUCAAGUACAUGGUUCCCACAUACGAGAGCGCAGUUCUUUGUGGCUGGCUCAAGGUUUCUCAGCUUCUCCGGUCAGGCUUAGACUCUGGAUGCGAGGUGAGCGAUGGCGGGUGCAGGGAGGAACGCCUGUCUGCUGGUGCACUGGUACGGGAGUUGGAGCUCGUUGGAGACCGACUCCAUUACGAGAAGCUCUCAGGCGGUGGACCAAAAAAAGGCUGGAUCAGCACAAAGUUGAAGGACAAGAAGCUCGUGGCUCGAGCAGAUAGACAUACUGAGCCCACACAUCACUGUGAAGGGGAGACUGGAGUCAGGAUAUGGGCACUGUCCGACAUACAUACCGACAAGGCCGAGAACCUGAAGUGGAUUCAAGACUUGCCUUCAGCUGAGUUUCAGAAUGAUGUUCUGAUCUUGGCUGGUGAUGUUGCCAAUACUUUGGAAGUUCUCCAGAAUACCCUGCUGCUGCUGAAGCAAAUCUUUUGGCGGGUAUUCUUUUGUCCAGGCAACCAUGAUCUUUGGAUGCAUGGGUGGCGUACCGGCAAUUCGCUUGACAAGCUGAAUGCAAUUUGGGAUUUCUGCAAGCUGCAUGAUGUGGAAACCACAGCAGGCGUGAUCGAUGAAGGGCAAAAACGCGUUCUAGUCGUGCCGCUGGUUUCUUGGCACCACCCGCAGUGGGAUACUGAGCCAGAACUGGUGGAGUGGUCGAACGUGCCAACGGUAGGAAAAACUGUGGCGGACUAUUGGUCGACAAAGUGGCCAGAGCCUUUGCAAAUGGAGGACGGCUCUGUGGCGCGAGCCAUGGAUGAGUUGAACGACAAAUGUACAGGUUGGGCAGAAGCACUUCAACGCAGAGAUGAAUUUGAUGCCAUCAUCUCAUUCUCACACUUCGUGCCGAGACUGGAGUUGGUACCGGAGAAGCGGUACUUGAUACCCGCCUGCCUCUCCAAAGCCGUGGGGUCCGCCUACCUGCAGGAGAGGGUUGCCAGGUUGAAGCCAGACGUCCAUGUGUUCGGCCAUACUCACUUCGGCUACGAUAUGGAAAUCGACGAUACGCGCUACCUGCAGGCAGCCCUUGCCACUCCUCAGGAGCGCGCGUUUGGUGGGUCCAUCGUGGCCUUGGGGAGUUUCCCUGUCCUGGAAGCAAAGCCUUGCAAGGUUUGGGAUUCUAUCGCUGGUUGGCCAGCGCGCUACCAGAGCUCCUGGUCCGAGUACUACCGCAGGUAUGGACGUAAACCGCAGGUCACUUCGAUUGUCCCGUCUGUUUGUUGCAACUUCUACAGCGCAACAGCUUCAAGCAGAUCUGGAUGGAUUUCUGGGCGCAUGCCCAUCUGGUUAUUCGGGCCAUUGCAGCACAGGCAGUACGAGGCGCAAAUGGUUCUGCAAGACGUGCGCGACAACACGGGCAAGGAUGCGCAUGACUCAAGGGUCUCUGGCGCUGCCCACAGAACGCCUCCCAGCUCAAGGGGAGAGCCGCGGUUCCUUUGUGCCAGUGAUGCAAUUAGCCCCUUAGCUACUUCAGAACGUGUAGGCUUAUGUGGGCAGACCUUCAAAUCGCUAAGUGGAUCGUAG